UCCCACAUCCCAAAAGCAUGCAUUCAUUGGAAACUCUAUAUUGCGUGAAUGUGACUGGCUGGCAACCAGUUCAGGGUGUACCCUGCCUCCUGCCCGUUGACAGCGGGGAUAGGCUUGAGCACUCCCCGCGACCCUUGUGAGGUUAAGCGUCUAAGAAAAUGGAUGAAUGGAUGGACUUUAUUUUAAAACCCAUAACUCAUUUUUAUGGCUUUAUUUUGAAAGUUGUCAACGGAAGUUGUUUGAGUUUAGUCGUUUAAACUGAUACUUGAGGAAGGGCGAGGGGCAGUAAAAGUCUUUUUUUGUUGCCACUUUCUUUGUUGUUUUUGGACUGCAUAGUUAUAAGUGACACGCAUUCCAAACGCUGCGUGAGUCGAACUCAAUUUUUACAUUUUUCCGCUCCCAUCUUCUCGCCAAUCCUAUGUUUGAGUGCAGAUUUCCACGUCGCAAACGGUUCUCAUUGAACGAUGAGCGCCACUAAAGUCUUAAUUUUAAAUCAAACAUUUGAUCGCCAAGGGGGACGAGGAUGACAAUUGCACUUCAGUCCACGGGUUUACGAAAGGAGAUAAGGAGGCAAACACAAGAACAAGAAGGCACAUUAAGACUUCCUUGGCGCACUCCUGAAUGGAGAACUGGCGGCCAGCUGACUUUUGCCCCCUCUGAACAUGCUGGCUCUGAGUGCGGAGCAGGGCAGGCGAGGGGCUGCUAAAGUUGACCGUCUGCAGAAUGGGGCUGCUGUUGGCCGGCCAGGCUGCCAGUCUCCCGAGAGGGGGUGUAACAUCAGAGCGAGGAUCACCCAGUGGGAAGGUCGCAGCAAGAAUUUUGCAGCAAAGGCCAACCCUCUGAACAUCACUCAAAUUCCGUCUGAGGAUGUCCUGCACGAUGGCUGUUCGAACAAAGGCACAACCGGAGGCCUUCAUCCUAAAGAGCUUGCUAAAGCUCAGUGUUUGGCUUUAGAUUUUCUGGAAUCUCAAGUACAGACAAGAAACGGCACGAUUGGUACACCACCGGAGCCCUCGCAGAAAUGCUACACAAAAUAUUUAACCUCUAGGACACAAAACAAACCGAUGUUACCUUUUGUUGAUUCUAACACAGAAAAGAGAGCAGUCGAUGGUGAGGUAAAAUCCGACUCCAUCCUGGAUGGUGAUGUUGUGCCCAAGCAUCUACCGCUUGUCGCCAGUAACAAAGAAGACAACAUCCCCGCUGGGAACUUUUAUACUUCUCGGGGUUUCUGGAGGAAUCUUGAGGAGGACCGAUAUCUUUGGGAGAAAGGCAGAAGGCCCUUAGGCCAAGCUCCUCCGAAACCACAGCGGACGUUCAAGUAUCAGGGAGCGAAUGAGGACGCAGCCCCACAGAACAGCAGCUCAACUCACAACAAACAGCCCAGUGAAAGGGGUCGCAGGGGAGACCACCCGCCAAGCUUCCCACCCCCUCCAUGUCCUGUCACCAGGACCAACGGACUUUCAAGGCAUAAAAAAAACAGCAGAAGGUCCUUUGAGUACGAGGAUGCACUUCAUCUACGUGUGAAGCAAGGCACGCUGGGAAGCCAGGCUAGACACUUGGGCCUUCACCAUGCAUAUUCUGAUAAUAUUUAUGAAGACAUCGUCUGUGAAGCGACCCGAGAGAAUCCUUAUGAGGAUGUCAAGUUAGUCCCAAAGUGCCUUCCUACCACCAGACUUCACGGCUCAAAGCUCCACACAAAAGCCCAGCCCAUAAAGGGGGGCUCUGGAAAAGUCCAGAGGAAGACAGUCCCACCUGUACGGCCAACCAUUCCAGAUACUCCCAAGCCUGCAACCCCCCGGCGCAUAAGCAAUUAUAAAAUUCAGAAGACACCUCAGUACGUCAAUAAGAUUGAGACAAUAUUUGACGUCAAGCGAGGGAAGAAGAGAGUGAAGAAUCAAGGAGUUCCUGUACGAGGGGAGACCAGUGGAACUGAGAGCGACCCCGAAGACAAUGGAAAAGGUUUAAGGAGAUCUGUUUACAAACAGCCAGCACUGAAGCGCAAGUCAGGCUACCGCACGCUGGAGAAAGACCUCAUCCAGGCGCAAGAGCAGCAGCUUUUCCAGGUCUUUGUGGUGGUGUCCCUGAGGAAAGCCUCGCCAGCCAACACCUACUCCCCCGAAAUAACGCAGCAGUUCCCCAAAAUGUUUGAAAAGUCAUCCAGACUCUCGAAGGAAGCCGAAGACCAACUGAAGGUCAUCCCCAAAUUUUGCUUCCCUGACAUACGUGACUGGAAGCCUUCAGCGCACACACCAAGUGAGACAUUCUCCUUCGUCCUGACUGGAGAAGACGGGAGCCGCUGGUUUUGUUACUGCCGUAAGAUCCUGCCCAGCGGAAAGGGCAAAAGGCUCCCCGAGGUUCACUGUGUCGUCAGCAAGUUGGGCUGUUUCAACUUGUUUGCCAAGAUUUUGGAGGAGGUGGAGCGGCGGCGAGAGAUUUCCCCGGCGCUAGUUUACCCUUUUAUGCGCAGUGUGAUGGAAGCGCCUUUCCCAGCUCCAGGCCGCACGGUCAUGGUCAUGAGUUUCCUUCCUGGCACUGGGAAUGAGGUUCUGACUUUGUGUCGUCCCGUCGACUCCAGACUAGAGCAUGUGGACUUUGACACUCUCCUCCAGUGUCUCAGUGUGGGGAAACUUCUGAAGGUGUUCGCCUCCCUUUUGCUUGAGAGGAGGGUCAUCUUUGCUGCUGAAAAACUUAGCGUGCUGUCACGUUGUGGCCACGCGGUGCUGGCGCUGCUGUACCCGUUCACCUGGCAGCACACUUUUGUGCCCGUGCUUCCGACCAGCAUGUUGGACAUCAGCUGCUCCCCCACACCUUUCCUAAUCGGGGUGCUAGCCCCAAGCUUGCCCCAGGUUCUAGAACUCCCUAUAGAGGAGGUGCUCAUUGUGGAUUUGUGUGCAGAUGAGAUUGUCACUCAGCUCGGGGACGAGGACUGCAUCCUGCCCAGUAAACUGCAAGCAGCACUGCAGCAGAUUCUGGAGGAGCGCCAAGAUAUUCUCGAGCAGGAGGACGGAGACACGUCUGAAGGCCAGCCGGUGGACCUGUGCUCUCUGGUGUCGGAGGCCUUUGUGCGCUUCUUCGUGGAGCUGGUGGGCCACUACCCUCUGCACAUGGUCGAGUCGUCCAGCGGGGGCCGCGAGCUCCAUCGCGAGAACUUCCGCAAGUCUCACCCGUCGCGCGGCGUCCGUCAGUUCCUGCAGCUCUUCAUGGAAUCUCAGAUGUUUGCCGGCUUCAUUCAGGACAAAGAGCUGCGCAAGGGGGGAGGACGAGGGCUGUUUGAAGUCCGAGUGGCGGAAUAUUUGGACUCUUUUCCCGACCCAGAACCGAGCGGCGUGAACAAGUUUUUUAAAGGACUUGGGAACAAGAUGAAGCUUCUACAAAUGAAAUGAAAAUGAUGGCAGAGCUUUUGUGAAGGAAACACGUGUGACUGUUUAGGAGGUGAUCAAUUCAGCUUGAAACGUCUUCUCGCUUAUGUACGUGUAAAAGAGAGUCAGCAUUAAAUUUCUUGUUCAUGUUUAAUAAUUGGAAUCUUGCGAUGAAUGUUACAGCGUUCUUCUAGUUUAGUCUUAAUCUGCAUGCGGAGUGUUAAUAAUGUAGUGUGUUUAGUCGCCGUCUGGCGAAUGUUUUUGUACAUAGUGGUUUGUAGAAAAGGGUGCUUGUUUGCAUCUGAUCUUCAAAUUAAGAUUUUAUUCUCUGACCAGAAUAUUUCAGUGUCAGAAUGAGUCUCCUCUCCCCCAACCGUGAACUGGAUUUGUACAUAUUUAUUUUUUUAUAUACAUUUUGCACAUUAAGAACCUGUGAACUUUUUUUGUAAUUAAAUCAUCAAGGCUCCCAAUUGAGUUGGCUACAAGAACAUUAUUGUA